CGUCCUGAACUAAACCAGCCGUUUCAUAAGGUGUCAGCAGCAUAGCAAUAAUUAUCAAAUUCUAUAUAGGGUUCAUCGCUACAGCCUCUUACCUUGUUCAGAAACUCCCUCUUGCUAGCUUUUCAAUUUUCAAUAUGCAUCUUCUUCUUCUUUUUGUUCUUCCUCUUAUUUUCAUCUUGAAAUUUGUCUACUCCACAAUAUUGGUUCCGUGGAGGACACGAAACCACUUCCUCAAGCAAGGCAUUGAUGGACCUGCCUACCGUCCGAUCAUCGGCAACUCGGCCGAGAUCCGCCUUAUGUUCAAAGAAGCUCAGUCAAAGCGAGUCCCUUUUGACCACAACGUACUCGGACGCACGCUUCCAUUUUACCCUAGCUGGUCCAAAGUGUACGGGAAGAACUUCUUGUACUGGUUCGGGUCAAAGCCCAGGCUGGCUAUAGCCGACCCGGAAAUGAUCAAACAAGUCCUUAUCAAUACCAGUGGAUCGUUUCAGAGGGUACCUUUAACUCCUUCCUCUAGGGUUCUCUUUGGAGAUGGACUUCCUGCGCUCGAAGGUGAAAGAUGGGCUUUCCAUAGAAAAAUUGUAAACCAAGCCUUCAAAAUGGAGCGAGUCGAGGAUUGGGUGCCACAAAUUGUGGACAUUACCAAGAAGAUGAUGGAGGAGUGGGAGGAUAUAAGGGGAGGAAGAGAUGAGUUUGAAAUGGAGGUACACAAACAAAUGCAUGAGGUAUCAGCAGAUGUUAUGUCCAGAACAGUUUUCGGAAGCAGUUUUGAAGAGGGAAAGCGUAUUUUCAACUUGCAAAAACUGCAAAUGCAUCUUUUCCUUAAGGCAGUUCAGAGCAUCUAUAUUCCUGGAUUCAGAUUUUUGCCUACCAAGGAUAACAGAGAGAGAUGGAGACUAAAUAAGGAAAUCUGUGAAUCAAUACGGAUGUUGAUUGUGAAUAAUAGCAAAAACCUAGAGGAAUCAAAAGUUCUGCUGAGUCUAUUAAUGUCUUCUUACAAGAAUCUGGAUGGUGUAGAGGAAAAACUAGGGCUACAGGAGAUUAUAGAAGAAUGCAAGGCCUUUUACUUUGUUGGCAAGGAAACAAUUGCUAAUCUUUUGACUUGGUCACUUAUCCUUCUGGCGCGGCAUCAGGAAUGGCAAAGCAAGGCUAGAGAAGAAGUGAUUAGUUUCCUUUGUGGACACAAUAAGCAUCCAGUCGAAGAGAAUUUGAACGACCUCAAGAUUGUAAGCAUGAUAAUUAACGAAGCACUUAGACUCUAUCCUCCUGGUGUGCUACUAAAUAGGCAAACAUCAAAGAAGGUUAAGCUUGGGAGCCUGGAAAUUCCUGCUGAUACACAACUUGUCGUGCCCUUGAUUGCUGUUCAUCACGACACUGAUAUAUGGGGUAAAGAUGCCAAUGAAUUCAAUCCAUCAAGGUUCUUGGAGCCUCGAAGGCAUUUAGCCUCGUUUCUUCCAUUUGGUUUAGGGACCAGAUACUGCCCCGGUCAGAAUUUAGCACUUGUUGAAGCAAAACUGGUCUUAGCAAUCAUCGUCAGACACUAUUCUUUCACGGUGUCACCUACAUAUGUCCAUGCCCCAAAGUUGUAUGUAAACUUAGAGCCCCAAUUUGGCGCUCAACUCCUAUUUACAAGGAUUCCCUAGGGGUUAUGUUAUACAUCCCUCUGUACAAGAACUCCUGAUCAAAAUAAAUGACUUCUGAACC